AUGUCCAUCUUCGCCUGGGCCUCGCGCCGCGUCGGCGGCUUAGCCAUGCUGGGCCUGCUGGCCCUAAGUUACUGGGUCAUCUCAAAAGAAUCAGCUGCCGCGGCACACGGCUACAACCAUCUGCAUCAAGAUAGCCUUAGCGUCUCGACUCCGGCCAAGGGCGCCGGCUACUGGACCGUCAUCUACGCUUACUACUGCUUGUUCAUCCACGUCCUUGUCUUCGCCUUCCCUCUUCGAUGCUGCUACGCUGUCUUCGACAUGACCCGCCAGUUAAAGAAGAUCGCUCGCAACAAGACUCUGCGGGAUUACAAGUUCUCUCACCGCCGUCGCGGCUCCUCGACCUCCCUGUCGAGCUCGGAGACGCUGACCUCCUCUCACGGCUGCUCUGCGUCCAGCAGCGAGGCCGGCGACACUGAGCCCGAACUCUACGCCGACGCCGACGGCGAAGCCGAUCGCGUCAUCCACGCCAUCAUCAUUCCCAACUACAAGGAGGAGAUGGAUACGCUGAAGGAAACUCUCGAGGUUCUGGCUUCGCACCCCCAGGCCCGUAGCUGCUACGACGUGUACCUGGGAAUGGAACAGCGGGAGCCCAACGUUGAACUCAAGGCCAUGACCCUCAUUCAGGAGUUUGUCAAGAAGUUCCGCAGCAUCGAUUACACAAUUCACCCGUCCGACAUCCCUGGGGAAUCCGCUGGCAAGGGAAGCAAUGUUGCCUGGGCGGCCCGCAAGUUGAGCCCGAAAUACUCCAUGGCUGCCCGCAAGGAUGUUAUCAUCACGGGUCUUGACGCCGAUAGCCAUCUCUCUGCCAACUUUUUCGCGUUGCUCACUACCAUGCACUUGGCCUACCCCGAAACAUCCAACACCACCCUGUACGCAGCUCCCAUCAUCUUCGACCGCAACGCUCACAGCGUCCCUGCCAUUGUCCGUGUUGCCGACAUCCUCUGGGGUGCCGGUGGUAUGUCUGGACUGUACUCCGGCUCGACCAUUGCGCCUCCCACGUCUGUUUACUCGGUUCCUCUUGAGCUAGUCGACCGCGUCGGUGGCUGGGAUUGUGACAACGAAGCCAUCGGAGAAGAUUUGCACAUGUAUCUGAAGUGCUUCUUCGCGCUCAACGGCAAUCUGACUGUCAGGACUGUGGUCAGCCCCGUCAGCCAGAGCAAUGUCUGCGGCAACGGCUCCAAGGGUCUUCGCGGUAUCUACUCUGACAUGCAGGCUCGUUACAAGCAGGCAAUGAGACACAUGUGGGGUGCUCUCGAUUCUGGAUAUGCUCUUCGCAAGGUCGUGGAGCUCUGGCAGGAGAGGAAGCACACCUCUCGCGCUUUCCGUCCUCUGCACAACUCCAUGGGUGAUGCCUCGGAUGUUUACGUUCCUGAGCCUCUCGACCAGCAGGAUCCUGAGCAGCCCAGAGAAAGCGGCGUCUUUUCCGAUGUUACACACGACACCCUGCAGUCACCCAAUUGGGAGCGCAUUGUCUCCCUGUUCCACCGUCUUUUCGAGGCGCAUUUCCUGCCUCUUCAGAUGACUAUUUUCGUCAUCUCCUCGACCUUGUACGUCUGGGUCACCGAAGGCAAUGAGGAGGUGGCGCAUCUGAGCUGGAUCUUCGACGUCUGCAAUAUCCUGCGCACAUUCGGCUUCAUGGAGAUUGCUCUUUACCUGUUCUUGUACGAGAGCUUCCACCGCAUCUGCGUUAAGUCUCGCCAGCGUGAAAUGACCGAGGCUGGCUUGUCCGACGGCAUGAACUUUUCAUACCGUUCCGUCAAGAAGAACUUCAUUGACUACGCUAUGGUCCCUCUGGUUGCUCCCCUUUAUGGUGCCAUCCCCUGCGCCCAAGCGCAACUGUGCCAUUUCUGGACACUGGACCUUGUUUACUCUGUUAGCAAGAAGGUUACCCGGCAAAGAGCCAAAUCGCUCACAGCAGCUGAUCUUGCCUAA